UCGGAAAAAAUGGAAGACGACGGUUAUUACCUUGACACGGAUCUUGAUCUCAGCUUCACAUCCACCGCAACAGACCGUACAUUCGCUUCCUCAAGCGCUCGAUCGAGUCUCGCUCGCUCAAGCCUCACAUUAAGCUUCAACGACAGACUCUCAACCGCAACAACACCUUCAACCACCACUUCCUCCGCCGCAACAACACUCCACCACCGUCGCUACGAUCCUCACUGGACAGCGAUCAGAGCCGCGACAACUCUCUCCUCCGACGGAAGACUCCAUCUCCGCCACUUUAAACUCGUCCGCCAUCUCGGAACCGGAAAUCUCGGCCGAGUUUUCCUCUGUCACCUCCGCGAUUGCCCUAAUCCCACCGGAUUCGCGCUUAAAGUAAUCGAUCGCGAUGCUCUCACGGCGAAGAAGCUUUCACACGUGCAAACGGAGGCAGAGAUCCUCUCCUUGCUUGACCACCCGUUCUUACCUACACUCUACGCACGAAUCGACGCCUCUCACUAUACUUGCCUCCUCAUCGAUUACUGCCCCAACGGAGAUUUACAUUCCUUGCUCCGUAAGCAACCCGGUAACCGGUUACCGAUUUCUCCGGUCAGAUUCUUCGCCGCCGAAGUCCUCGUCGCCUUAGAGUACCUUCACGCUCUCGGAAUCGUUUAUCGAGAUCUCAAACCGGAGAAUAUCUUAAUCCGUGAAGAUGGACACAUCAUUCUCUCGGAUUUCGAUCUCUGUUUCAAAUCCGAUGUAGUUCCAACUUUCCGAUCUCGAAGAUUCCGGAGAGUUUCGUCUCCUUCGUCGAAUCGGAGGAGGUUGAGUCGUCGUCGUGGCGGUUGCUUCUUCUCCACGGAGGUAGAGUACGAGCGAGAAGAGAUCGUGGCGGAAUUCGCGGCGGAGCCAGUGACGGCGUUUUCUCGGUCGUGUGUUGGGACUCACGAGUAUCUAGCGCCGGAGAUCGUCGCCGGAAACGGACACGGAAGCGGAGUAGAUUGGUGGGCGUUUGGGAUAUUUCUCUACGAGUUGUUACACGGAACGACGCCGUUUAAAGGUGGGACCAAAGAACAAACUCUACGCAAUAUACUAUCGAACGAUGACGUGGCGUUUCCGUUGGAGCUAACAGAAGAAGGAAUAACAGAAGCGAAGGAUUUGAUCGAGAAGCUGUUAGUGAAAGAUCCGAUGAAAAGGCUAGGAUGCGCCAGGGGUGCGCAAGAUAUCAAAAGACAUCCGUUUUUCGAAGGAAUUAAGUGGCCGUUGAUUAGAAACUAUAAACCGCCGGAGAUUCGAGGUCUGGUGAAGAAGACGAAGGCACAUGCUGGUGGUCACGUGACUACUGUAUCGUCGCCACGGAGGAGAAAGUGGUUGUGGUGGGCUCUAUCGCAUUUACUACGCGGUAAAAGCUUGAAACGGAGUAACAGUCAAACUCAGAGCAAUAAUAAUUACUAUCGUUAUGUGGGUAAAAGCUAUAACAACGCGAGUCGCAUACGCGUUUAAGGCGUUUCCUUUUAUACAAUCACAUAUAAGUAUACAAAUC